AUGUUUUCAUGGUUACAGGCAAUCUUUUGUUCAACAGCAAUAUUAGAUCAUAAUGAACCAUUAGAUCUAAGAAUAAAUAUAUCAAGUACUUCAAAAGCAUACGAAAAUAGAGAUUUUUGUGAGAACGUAGGUAUACCACAAAAGAGUCAAGAAGCGAUUAAGACAGUAAAUAAAUAUUUAGAUGUAAAUCAAUCUGAUUCUAAUUUAUUAACAGAUUUUACAGGAAAAGAUUUAAACGGUAAAUGUAAAAAUGUUAAUUAUGAUUUAUGUAAUUUUUCGUCUUCAAUAAGUGAAGAGAACAAUUUGAUACCACAAGAUUUCACAAGAAGCACAGCUGCUAAAUAUGUAUCUAAGAAACAAUAUUGUACAUCAAAACAAUCGAUAAGUGACAAAACAUGUCUCAAAACCUCAAAUAGUGGUGGGAAUUAUACAGCAGAACACUCUCAAAUUAAUACAUCUUGGAAUAAUAAUAAGAAUUUAUUAUUACAUAAAAAUCAAAAUGAUUUAAUACAAAAACAAUGUGUUACUUCAGAAAACAAUGCAUUUUUACAGAAAAAUAAUAAUGUUUUGGUUUUGUCAAAAAAUCAAAAUUAUUACUUAAAAACUAAUGGUGUAAAUGAACUAAAUGAUGUUCAAACAGAUGCUCUAUUUAAUUUUGAUAAUGUAUUGUUAAAAAAUACCUCUAAAGGUAGUUAUUCUUUAAAUAAUUCUUACAAAAAUGAUAACAACGAAAAAGAUAAAGAGACAAAACCAAAAACUAACAAAGUAUCUAAUAUACAAACAAACGGCGAUGAAAUUGCUUCUAAGUCUAAAAGAAAAAAUAAGACUAGUGGAACAACACUAAAAAGUCAAUUUACAGCUAGCGAGCGCGAACUUUUUGGAAAAUACAAGGAAUCUGAAAAGAAGUUUAGAAUGUUUUUUAAGCUUACAAUUAAAAGUCGAAUGCCGCAAUUUAUUAAGAAACUUGAAAUAUCUAAUCUUUCUGAUGACUUGAAACAAAAAUCAAUUUUUGCUCUAAAAAAUCUUUUAAGUUUUUUAAAGACUAUAUGUGAAAUUUAUAUUAAUACAAAGAAAAAGAAAAAUAAGGAAGAUUUUUUAAAUUCAUUAAAUCUAGCAUUUAAUCAAUUUAGCAGGUAUGCAGACGUGUCUCAAAAACUUUUAAUUUUUAAAUUUAUUUGUAAAAAUUUACACAGAAUUUAUGACGGCGUCUUUUGUUGUGUUUCUUAUUGUGAUUUUUAUGAAGUUAACAGGUUAAUAUUUUUUGUUGAAAGAAGAUUUAAUUUAUUUUACAGUAGACUAUCGAAAUUAAGAGAAAUAUUUGAAAAAAAUGAUCAACAUUAA